GGAAAAACUCGCCGAACUCCACAGAAAGAGUCCCAAAACAACACUAUCGUUAUGAGCGAGGAGUUGAACCGGAGCUAUCGUGUGUGCGAGGAGAUCGGACGGGGGAGAUUCGGCGCCGUGUUCAGGUGCUUCUCGCCGGAAUCCGGCGAAUCCUUCGCUGUCAAGUCCAUCGACAAGCGCCUCAUCGCGCACGACUCCGUCGACAGGCAAUGCCUCUUCAACGAAGCCAAGGUCAUGCUUCUUCUCUCCCCCAAUCCCUACGUCCUCCGGAUCUUCGACGUCUUCGAGGACGACGAUCACCUCCAUCUGGUCCUCGAGCUCUGCUCCUCCUCCGAUCUCUUCGACCGUAUCUCCGGCCGCCCCGUCUUCUCCGAGGCUGAAGCCCUAGCCGUUAUGGUUCCUCUGAUGGAGGCGAUUCUGCACUGUCACCGGCUCGGCGUGGCGCACAGGGACAUCAAACCGGACAACGUACUCUUCAACGAGUGGGGUGAGAUGAAACUAGCUGAUUUUGGUUCGGCUGAGUGCUUCCGUGAGGGCCAGCUGAUGAGUGGAGUGGUGGGGACACCGUACUACGUUGCGCCGGAGGUGUUGGCCGGAAGGGACUACACGGAGAAGGUGGACGUGUGGAGCGCCGGCGUCAUUCUGUACAUAAUGCUUGCCGGAGUGCCGCCUUUUUACGGGGACUCCGCGGAGGAAAUCUUCGAAGCUGUACUCAGAUCCAACCUCAGGUUCCCGACGAGGAUUUUCAGCUCUGUAUCGCCGGCAGCUAAGGAUCUGCUCCGGAAGAUGCUCUGUAGGGACGUUUCCAGAAGAUUCUCGGCUGAACAAGUACUGAGGCAUCCAUGGAUGACAAGUAACGGAGAAAGCAAGGAGUGACAGUUCUAACAAAUUAGCUUAUAAGUACGUGCCACAUUUUAUAAAUAUAUAAAUAACAAGCAUUGUAUAUAUAGCUAGCUAGAUAGUAGUAGUAGUAUUAAUUACCUGAGUAGUACGUGGCCAAUGGCGGGCUUGCGGUGCGAGAGAACAGAGCUGAUUUAUGAGUGCUCUUGUUUGGCUUGCUAAAAGCUCAAGAAACGUGGCUGGAGCAAGGAAGAGUGGUGGCAGAGUGGGCAGUGAUGAUGCUGCAUUGAUCUGGUCACCCCCCUUGGAUUUUAAUGUACUGAUGAUGGGAUUUCAAUGCAGUUUUCUACUUCUUAAUUAUUGCUGCGCCCUUUAUAUUUUAUUUAUUUGCAUCCAAAUAUGAAUCCCAAUUAGUUUUUAAAAGAUGCCCAUUUUUACUUGGUGCUCAUGAAUGAAAUGGAUGAAUGGUACCUA